UGGAGUAAAGAGCACAGCAAGACGGGGGAAAAAGAAACAGGGUUCAAAUGAAGAAAGAAAAGUUCAGAUAGACAACUAAAGUGGGUCAAGAAAAAAAGAUACAGCUAAAAGAGACUUUGGAAAGCAGGGAAUAAAAGUGUGAAGAAAGUGAGGCUGAGAGACAGGCAGAGAGUGGAGCGUUUGAGUUCUUAAAGAGAAUGGGCUCCCUGGUGAGCGGUGCUUCUGCUCUUCUCUUUACGUUCCUGCUCACUUUGCUCUUUGGACUUUCUUUGGUCUUAUCUCAGGAUUUGAGUGAGAGGGAUGCUUUGUGCAAUGCAGACGGCUGCUUUGUGGUCUACUUCCAACGCAAGACCUUCCUGGACUCAUGGAGGGCCUGCAAGGUGAAAGGUGGCAACCUAGCUACCAUUAAACGCAUGCAGGAUGCCAACGAUAUCGCCACUCUCUUCUCCAGUCUGGAUUUGCGCCACUCCCGCACCAGCGUCCAGGUAUGGAUUGGCCUUCAGCGCCAGCCUCGCCAGUGUUCCCCUACACGCCCACUGCGGGGUUUCUCUUGGACUACCGGUGACCAGGACACGGACUAUACCAACUGGCAGAAAGAGGACUCCCCUAGUAUGUGCUCGGUGCCACGCUGCGUGGUGAUGGGCUACAGCACUCAGGAGCAGAGUGAUAACUUCAAAUGGCUGGAUGGUUCCUGCUCAGUCUCUGUGGAUGGGUAUCUUUGCCAUUAUGGCUACAAAGAAAUGUGCCCUGCCUUGUUGAGUGAAGGAGCAGGCAAUGCCCUCUACACCACACCGUUUAACCUCCUAAGCACACUGCUAACCCAUAUUCCCUUUGGAUCUGUUGCUACCGUGCCCUGCCCUGCUGGCACCAAGGAGGAACAGUCAGUGUUGUGUAGGCUGAAGGAAGAUGGCUCAGUGGGGUGGUCCAGAGAUUCCCCCCUCUGCUCCGAAACAUACAACUGGUGUGACCAGAAUAACGGUGGAUGUGAGCAUUUCUGCAGGCCGGCCGGUGUUCACUUCUUCUGCGAGUGUGCUGAUGGAUAUCAACUGGGGGACGAUGGGCAGAACUGUGAGCCGUCUGAUGUCUGUCAAGGGGCCCCCUGUGAGUUUGAGUGCCUGCCCCUCUCAGAUGGGUACCGUUGUGCCUGCCCUGAAGGGUACAUGCUUGCAGCAGAUGAACGCAGCUGUCUGGAUGUAGACGAGUGCCUCCAGAGUCCUUGCGAGCAGAUUUGCAUGAACGCUCCAGGGACAUUCGAAUGUAGAUGUCGGGAGGGAUACCAUCCUGAUGAAGACGGCGGGUGUGAGGAUAUAGAUGAGUGUAUAAAUGAUCCAUGUGAACAUGCCUGUGAGAACACUCUGGGCUCUCAUAUCUGCCACUGCCAUCUGGGUUAUUCCCUCAUGCCCGAGGACCCAAGCAAAUGCCAAGACACUGAUGAGUGCCAGAUCCCCGGGACCUGCGAGCAGAUGUGUGUGAAUUACGAGGGCGGAUUUGAAUGCUACUGCGAGGAAGGCUACGAACUCAUGUCUAAUCACUUCUCAUGUCGCAAGAUAGGACAAGGAGAUGAGGAACCUGCUGUCACCCCUCCCUUUCCUUGGGUGACCAACCAGCCUGGACCUCUAUGGGACUACAACUGGAACCCACAGCAGGGCCACACUGACUGGCCUCCAGAGGACGAGCAGGCUCUGGACUGGCUGACCGACCCACCCAGAGUAGAGAGUUUGGAUCCUGAUGUCAUAUGGGUCACCAGUGCCCCCCAGGAAGAAAUGCCCAUUGAUUUAGCCCUGGUCACUCCAACAAAGCAGGCUGAGAAAGAGUUUUACGAUGCAGACUGGUUGGAGUGGGGGCAGAGACCUGGGUCUGACCUGGACAUUUUGCCGACCACAAUCUACACAACGCCUCCCCCUCCCACAAAGUCCAUCCCUACCCCAGACUGGUACGACGAGGAUGAGGAGGAGACCACCACGGCUCUCCCCUUCCUUUCCACCUCAACAAUCUCUGAGGGAGCGUGGAAUUGGUGGGCCACUUCCAGCCAGAAACCAGAAAGUACGGAAAAUUCGGUCAUUGACCUCAACAUGCCUCCGGAUUCUGGCUUCCACAAUGCGACAGAAGAAGAAGAGCAGUACCACCAUAAGGUAACCUCCCCAGAGGAGGAGGAGAAGGAAUUAGUGGAGGUCACAACCCAAAAUGUUCCCACACAGCCGACUCCUUCCCAGCCAACCAACCCAAGCGAGACCUUUGACGUCACGGUUUCUGUCCAGGAAGAGCGGGGGCAGAAGGAGAGCAGCACCUGGCUCCUGGUGGGGCUCCUGGUGCCCAUCUGCAUCUUCAUCGUAGUGAUGGUGGCCCUGUGCAUCGUCUACUGCACCCGCUGUGCUGUUCAUUCACGCAGCAAGAACGCCACUGACUGCUACCACUGGAUCUCUGGGGCUCACGAUAAACAAGGAGCUCCUAACCUCUCAGCAGGGGUCAAGACCCAAGUUUAAAGAGAGAACAGAGAAAGUGACAUUUACAUAAACAGACUCUGCUUCAAAGGUAAGCAGGAGUGAAUAAUGGAACUGGGACAAGCUAAAUGUUUUACCCUCUCUGACUGUUGAACUGCCCACUCUUUGAACACAUUUGGAUUUUACUUUUAAAUAUCAACGGAUCAGUUUUUUCUGAGAUGGGAUUGUGGUGUCUUUGAUGUUUUAUACACUGACCACGCAGCACAAGGCCAUUGCUUACUCAUUGCACUAAGACACAUGAUCAUAAAAUAUAAGUGCCUUCAUUAUGUUUGUACAAAAAUAUCUGCUGAUAUCAGAGAAUAAUGUGGGUAGUCAUGUAUUCAUUUUCAAAAUGUCACACUUGAGCCAGAUCCAGAACUGAUGGCAUUCGACCUUAUUGUGAGAGCAAAACUUUACCAUGAGGUUUCUAAUAUGCAAAAUCCUCAGGCUCAGUUUUUACAAUAGCAUAUCACUGUAGAUAACUUGGACUGUCAACUGUGUUAAAGGGAUCAAAAUGCUUUGCUAGCUCACAUAAAAAAUGGGUGAAAUAGACUGUAAGCAAAUAUCCCUUCAAGAGAUAAGACAUUCUGCAGUCACAUUAUAAUGCUGGGAAGCAAUCAUUUGAAAAUCACUGUGUUGAAUGUUUGAUAAGAGACCAAAACCUUAUUUGUAUAUAGUGGUUCUUUUGUAUUUAUGUUUGUUGCAUAUUUGUCACCAGCAUUUUUAUAGAAAAUGUAACAAUUCAAUUCUUCUUUCAUGGAGCCCAUAAACCUAGUGAAAUGUAAAGGAAUGUCUGCACAUGGGAAUAGUUUUCCCCACUCAUGCCCAGUUUAAGAGCACUUCUCCUUUCCUUGACUUUUCUUUUAUUGCGUUUUCUAAGAGGUUAGAGUGCAGAUGUUCACACUGCACAGGGAAUGUUGUAGGGGCUUGUGGUUGACAUUAGCCUUGGCCUUGUUCAUGAUAUGGCCAUCAAUCACUCUUCGUAAAUCUAAUUCAUUAUUACAGCCAUACACGUUUUGUCUUAAACCAGCCCUGAAAUGUUGUACGGCCGUGUUGGAUUACACCCAGCUGUGUGUGCGACACAUCGCUGCUGCAGCUUCAGAUGUUUUCAAACUGAACAAACAUGUUCCAUAAAUCUCAGAUUCCAAAAUGUUCACAUGUGGAUAGAAAGCUACAUUUACUUGUUUGGAGAAGUGCAAAUUGGAUAUUAGGGUGUAUGUCUAACCCUAACAGACCAAAGACAAACAAAUGAAAGAACAAAAGGUACUUACAAGUUAACCAAAACAAAUUCAGGAUGAAAUGGAUUGAUGCCUGGGGAAACAAAGUGCCAAAUCCAAAUGUACACAUGAAAUGUGUCUUUACUUUAAUAAUAGACUGUGAAAUGUAAGAAACAUCAAAUGUCUUUUCUUUGUUACAUUUUAAGAAAUUGUGAAUUAAAAACUAUGACAAGG